AUACAAAGUACCCAACUCAAUCAGCAAUAUUUCAUCGAGCAUUCCCAAUCCCAGUCCAGAUCACAUAUAUAUUCGAUACAAAAAUGCCAGAUAGACAGAACCGCCCCCUCGUCGCAGGACCAGACGGCGGGCCCUCGUCCCCGUUCCCAAUCAAAUUGUCCGGACCGGUGAUCAAGGGUUUCGGGCGGGGGAGUAGAGAGCUCGGCAUCCCAACAGCCAACAUCCCCGCAGACGGAUUAAAAGAGUAUCCCGAUCUUGAAUCGGGCGUUUACUAUGGCGUUGUAGCGCUUGAUCCGGGACGGUUUAUGUAUACUUCUGGUGAGACCGCGAAUGGUGAUGGCAAUGGGGGGGGAAAGAAGAGUACUACAACCGUCUUCCCCGCCGUCUUGAGCAUCGGGUUUAAUCCUUAUUAUAAGAAUACUGUUCGUUCUGUUGAAAUCCACAUCAUGGCCCCCUUUGCACCUAACGGACCAGCAGAAGCUGAAUCUCAAGCUCAAGAGAAACACUUCCACAAACUCCCCGAUUUCUACGGGACGAACCUCAACUUGCUUAUCCUGGGGUAUAUCCGUCCUGAAUACGACUAUGUCUCUCUCGAGGCUUUGGUGGAGGAUAUCCGGGUUGACUGUGAGGUUGCGCGGAGGAGUCUUGCGAGGGAUGCGUAUGCGUGUUAUUUGUUUGGUGAUGAUUCGUCUUCUUCGUCUGUAAAGAGUGAGAGGGAGUGGCUGCUUGACUUUUAGAUUUUAUUUUGUUUUAGAACUUUGGCUUUUCAUGGAUGAUUGAUGAUUGAUAUAAUAGAUUUCUGUCUAUUCGUGUAUCUAUCUACCUUGGUUUAUGCUACUAGACUAGAUCGAAUGUGCUG